AUGCUUGAAGUAUUACUCACUGGACGUAAAGAUGGAAGUUUGAUUCAUGGCCCAAAUACAGUCAUAUCAAUGCUCCACCACUCAUUAACAAAUUAUGGAUACGGUGAGGGAGAAUGCGGUCUGCAUGCAGAUAAUCGUGGAGGUCAAAACAAAUACAAAUAUGUGAUUGCAUACUUGUGUUGGAGAGUUAUGGCAAAACUGCAUUCGACAAUUAACUACAUAAUGCAGAUACCAGGACACGCAACGUUCGUUCUAAUGAUAAAAGAGAAAAUAAUGAACUGGAGUGGGAAUGGAGGAUUGGAAAACAUUUUUCUGGUCAGUUUAAAAGAAAUAAGGAAAUAUCAACAUUUUCGAUUUUCCUUUGAUCAUCCUGGAUGCGUCUUCGUUAAGAAAAACAACAAUGAUUAA